CGGUUGCAGUAGUUAAGGUGGUUACCAGUCAAUCUUUCGUCAGAAUAUUGCUAAAUUGUGUGAACUUAGCAAUUUGUAUGUUGCAUUGACUGCAUUACUUAACUUCGCUAUAAAAGCUUUCAUGGAAUUUUCAUGGUUGCGAAAUAGCAUCAAUUUUUCAUUUCCACCAAGCUUCAUAUUCAGUGAACAGCUGGAUUAGUUAGUACCAUUAGACAUCAUAUGUGUUUGUAUUGUGUAAAAUGUUGCACAGGUAUCCUAUUGCUCUGUUUUAAUUUUAAUAGUAUUUAAUUCGAUGUGUUGGAACAUUUCUUAAAAGUAUGUAUUACUCAGGAUGCAUGUAUUUUGGAGUAGUGAACUUGAACCAUGCUCUUCACUAACAUGGACCACACAUUCCCUUGAGGAACAUGUAUAUUACAGCCUGCUGACCUCGUGUAAUAAUCCUUAUGCCAUAGGUCAGAUUUCUCCAGGGCUGUUUUGUAGCGCGUUACUUGCGAAAUUUAGGUGGUAUUCUCCAGGGCUGUUUUGUAGCGUGUUACUUCCGAAAUUUAGGGGAUAUUCUCUACGGCUGUUUUGUAGCGUGUUACUUCGAGUUUAGGGAGUAUUCUCCAGGGCUGUUUUGUAGCGCGUUACUUCCGAAAUUUAGGAGUUAUUUGGUUCAUUGCGGUACUAUGCCACACCCCAAUUUAAGGAAGUUUGACUUUAUUAGGCCACACAGUUCGGUUCCACUCAAGUUGUAUCUUUUCGUACUUUCUUUGCACAUCAUAGUCGUGUAUUCUUGCCAACCUUGUGUAACUUGUUCGGGAGAUAGAACUACAGAAAUGUGGCUGGCCACACUUAGGCAAGGAAGUGGCAAUGUGUGGUAUUGAACCAAAUCUUGUCAUUUUGAGUUGCUGUCCUACAAAAUUGAAAAACAGACUAUUAUGUAUAACAAUAUAUUCUGUUACUUCCUGUGUAGGUAGUUCUGUAAUCAUUUCGUUUUAUGUUUUCUUUUACUUCCACCAAGAGGAACCUUAACGAGAGGCAUAGAAUAAUCACCUCUUAAAAAUCAGAAAAUAAUGGCAUGCUGAAACUAUGGUAAGCAUAAUCGUUUAGUUUUAGUUUUUUUUACUUUCACCAAGAGGAACUAUACAUAAUCAGAGAAAUAGAAUAACCACCCUUAAAAAAAUCAGAAAAUAAUGGCAUUGUGAAUACUAUGGUAAGCAUCUGGUGCUAUCAACAGAAAGGAUUUUGGAUGAACUUGAUGUGGUGAAUGAACGGUACACAAUGAGACUGCGGAAGCGAUUACAAUAUGAAGAAAGGAAAAGUGCCAACCAAAGAAGGCUCCUCUCGGAUGCAGAGACAGUCAGGUGGUUAAAUUAUGCGGUUGAAAAGAUCUGGCCAGUUUGCCUGGAAAGGAUUGCAUCCCAACAGUUCCUUCUGCCCAUAUUCCCAUGGUUCAUAAACAAGUUCAAACCAUGGACCGCAAGGAAAGCAGAGAUCCAGAACCUUUACUUGGGUAGGAAUCCGCCGAUGUUUACAGAUAUUAGGGUUGUCAACCAAUCAACUGAUGAUGACCAUCUGGUUCUGGAGAUUGGAAUGAACUUCCUUGCCGCAGAUGAUAUGGAUGCAAGGAUGGCUGUGCAGCUAAGGAAGAGAUUAGGGUUUGGUAUUACAGCAAACAUGCAUAUAACUGGCAUGCAUGUUGAAGGCAAGGUCCUUGUUGGUGUGAGGUUCCUUCGACAGUGGCCUUUUAUUGGUCGUGUAAGAGUAUGCUUUGUUGAGCCUCCAUACUUCCAGAUGAUAGUGAAACCUUUAUUUGGUCAUGGGCUUGACGUGACUGAACUGCCAGGAAUUUCUGGAUGGCUUGACAGGAUGUUGGAUGUUGCUUUUGGACAGACCCUUGUUGAGCCUAACAUGCUAGUUAUUGAUAUGGAGAAGUUUGCCUCGGAAUCGGAAUCGGCAGGUAACUGGUUUACUGUUGAUGAGAAGCCACCCAUUGCACAUGCCAAGGUAGAGAUAUUGGAAGGGGCUGAUAUGAAACCGUCUGAUCCAAAUGGUUUAUCGGAUCCAUAUGUUAAAGGCCAUCUUGGUCCGUACCGUUUCCAGACAAAGAUCCAUAAAAAAACUCUCAACCCCAAAUGGCAGGAGCAGUUUAAAAUACCAAUUACUUCAUGGGAAUCGCUCAAUCUUCUUUCUCUUCAAGUUCGAGACAAGGACCAUAUCUUUGAUGACGCGCUUGGUAACUGUUCAGUUAGUAUCAACAAAUUGAGAGGGGGACAAAGACACGAUAUAUGGAUUGCACUAAAGCAUAUAAAGACAGGGAGGAUACAUAUAGCUGUAACUGUACUUGAAGAUGAAAAUGGAAAGGUACCCAAUGAUGAAGAUGAGCAGUGUGGAACACCAAAAGAGGGGAAAGCUAGCACACCGAGGUCUAGCAUUUCUUCCAGGACCAACACUGAGAGUGCAACAUCUGCGGAAUACCAGAAGAUGUCUGAUGAAUACGAACAAGUGGACAUCGAAGGACUGGAGAAGGCAGGUGUGUGGGUACAUCGGCCUGGCAGCGACGUGGCCUCUACCUGGGAGCCUCGGAAAGGACGAGUGCGGUGCCAGGACUCCCAAAUACUACGGGAAAAUGAUGCCUGCAGUGAUAGCCCUAGGUCAUCAAUGUCGGACUCUCAGACAAGCAACUCCAGCACUGAAGAACCAGCCAGUGGUAGAUCACAUCGUCACAUUCGGAAGGUAAAAAAGGGUUUGGUCAAACUAGCUGGAGCUAUGCGCCGCAAGAGCCCCAAGAACGGGAGCGACGAUGAAACUUCUCUGUGUGAAACGCCUCGCCCAAACAUACAGCCUUUUGGAGAAAGCAGGGUAUCGGUAACAUAUGUGGUUGAUGAAGGUGCGGGGAACAACAGGACGGACCAGAGGCCUGAUGACCAGCAUUCGAGCCCUGAGAGAGGCGAGGUCGAAAGCCCAACCAAAAGGCAGCUGAGGAAGAAGGCAGUGCAUUUGGUGAAACAUGCAGGGAAAACCGCUCAGAGCCUGAAAAGCAUGCUCAGCAGGAAAGGUCUUGACAAGGGCAAAGAAGACGAGGAAGAUGAGGAAGAUGAUCUCGAUGUAAUGAGAGUCGACUCUCCUGCACACGACAGAACUGAGUGACACACCUGAGUUCGUAGUUGAUAGCAGGGACAAAAAUUAUGAUUGGCAAUGUUUUUUUUGCAGAGAA